CGCUCGGUCGUUCACAUCCCAGUGUCUGCCCCAGCCUCACUCCACUCCUCUCACAUCCAAGACCACCCCGCAGUAGCCGCCAUGGCUCUCACCGGCGGAGCCACCUCCGCGGCGUGCAUCCUCGUCCUCCUCGCGCUCGCCACCGCAGCUGGCGCGGCCACCCCUGCCCCGGCGCCGGCGGUGGACUGCACGGCCGCGUUCGCGGGCCUCGCAGACUGCCUCGACUACGUUACGCCCGACACCAAGUCGACCCGACCCUCCAAGACCUGCUGCGGGGAGGUCAAGACCGCCGUCAACAGCCCCUCCACCGUCGACUGCCUCUGCACCGCCAUGGCGGCCAAGACAUCGCCACUACCGAUCAACAUGACCCGGGUGCUUGCCCUCCCCACCGCCUGCGGCGAAUCCCCAACCGUCUUCAGCAAGUGCAAGGUUGUGCCGGGCGGUGCAGGUACCCCCACCAAAGGUAAUGCUCUUCUCUACUUCUGCACAUCAUCCACUUUGUAUUGCAUUCUUCGAUGCGUGCCCGUUUCUUAUCUUUGUUGUUCUGUUUUGUACUAUGAUGUGCGUGUCUGUUUCAGUACUAGCCUAGUAGGACAUACGUUUAGUAACAUUACUACGAUGAACUCACGCAUCUACCCAAAGCUUUUUUGGCUUUGUUGGAGAGCAUGAACAAACAAAGUCUUGUUCAGUUACAUGUCAACUUUAGCUAGAAAAAAAAUCUUUUAUCAGUUAUUACAUCACAUAUCAUAAAACUCCAAACGA